UCUUACAGUUCUGUUUAACAGUUGUAUCGCCGUGGAUUUAAAUUUAGCCUAAUAUUAACAUGGUUUUGUCAUUGAAAACAAUUAAAUAGCCUACAAAUCCAUUCAUGCAUUCAUUUUCUUUCCCCGUCAUUGGUUUCAGCUCUAGAUAAUCUGACAGAUCUCUCUUAGUUUAUUCCAAUCGGCGGUAAUUUAUGGAAAGAGGACAUAAUCCUUUUCCAAGCGCCCCGAGCAUAACUGUACUUUAAUCCGGUUUUCUUCUGUGCGAUGGAUAUUGGGAACGCACGACGAGACGUUCGACGACACCCCUUUAGAAACGGUUUCAAGUUCCAGCGCGUGACAUGUUGGAAUGUCAGGUCGCUCGCCUCCGUUGCCGUAGCAACAGUACGGGUCAACUCCAGUCUCCUCGCAUAGAGAGAAGCGGCCGGCUACGCAAUGACAUCCCGUGGAGCUAGAUACCGCCUGGGUUCCCCCUUCCAGCGCCUCCUGGUCAACAUGGGCAUGGCUUCCUCUGCCUUCCCCUCAGCCUUCAACCCCAGACCUGCCCAGGACCGCGCCCCCAGCUCCCUGUCCUCCCGCCACUACCUAGCCGGCUGCAGUCGUGACGCAGAGCUCGGUCCGGACUCCCCGGCUCCUCCCACUCUCUCGCUGGGGCGGGGCCUAGGCCUGAGCUUUCAGGAAGGCAGGUGGGUGAGGGGCAGAGGAGAAGGCGGAGGAGUAGGUGAGGAGAGCGGAGCUGGGAAGGAGCAGAAGAGACGGAUCCAGAGGUUGAAGGAGGAGAACCGUCUGUUAAAGCUGUCUGUGGAGGUCCUGCUGGACAUGAUGACCAUGGUGAAGCUGAAGGACUGCGAUGGUGAGGCCGAGGGAGGGGGUCGCCAGGCCUCUGAGAGGAGACCCGCGGGGGGUAAGGGGGUGUGGUGGGCCCCCAACCUGCCCGACAAACGGAGAGCUUAGACCAUUAAAGGCUUCCCUCUGCAGUACCCCUCUGUUCUCCCUCUCUGAUUGGAUGGGAUUAGACUAGUUUAUCACAAAUAUCAAUAUUUAUUAAUCCAUCAUAAACCUGUACUUAAAUAGAAAAACCUUCAAGCCCCUUUUCUUAAAUUACAAUUGUUUUAUUUUCUGCAUUAGUGAUCAAAGUACUCUUUUAUAAUUUGGGGGAAAAAAAUUCCAUUGAUUCUACUCUGCCAUGGUACCAACUCCCAUGGAGCCCUGAAAGAGUACAUUCACAUGGAGAAUCCCCCCUCUCCGUUCACCUGGCACUGAACCGAUGUGCUACUUCCAUCUGCAAAGGCAAAUGUAACCUUCUAGAAAAUUAAAUUAAAGAAGCGCAUUCCUUCCUUUCUCAUCUCGAGAUGGCAAAGCAAGAAUUCAAUUCAAGGUGUGUUUUAAGCUAUUUGGGGAAUGUCUGCUGCUUUCCAGGCGUAACAGAAUUAGCCUUGUUUGGUUUGCGUGCGUUGGUUAGCCGCCCGCGCUCCAUUCGAGGACUAAAGUCAGGGGGUUUCAGAUGAUGGUCUGCUGCAUCAGGCUGGGUGGGCUUCAUUAGGUGUGUCUGCAUCACUAAAGAAGUCAACGAUAUUUGUUUUAUUUACAACAGAGUCUUUGCGACUUAUUUAAACUCUUAGGUUAAACUCUUAAAACAGCACACAGUGCCUUCUCUGGUAAAUGGUAAAAUGUCACAACUGUUGCUUCUGAUUGGCAUGAAUACAUCCCAUGGGGAGUCGCGUUCCAAUCAGAGCGAAUCAGAAUCCCAACCCUGUCAUGGUCUGUCAGAAGGAUGUUUAUUGCGUCUGGUGAGUUAGAGGAUGCGCUCCACGCCUUUCCAGGAUCUGACUCACAGACACCAGGAGGGGAGGUUCAUGAUCGGAGGCCUUCUCUCUUUUGUCACUAGGUGUGGUUGUGGGUCAGAGGGCGAUGCGUGCGUCAGGUGUGUAAUGUAUGAAAUAUUAGGGCCUGCCGUGGCGGACGUGGGUCAGAACGUUUUUGAAACGUCCCUCUGAGCUGCAUAAUAAUAGCGUUUCUGUACAUUGAUUCAACCCGUCCAGCCUUCCUCUUAACUUUAUUGUGUAGAUAAAUCAUUUAAAAUCAAAGCUAACUUAACAAAGUGUGCCUAAACUUUGGAAAUUUAAAAAAAUAGGUUUGGCACUUUUAGAGAGGUUUCCAAGUCUUGUGCUACGGUUGGUUUAGGGAACCAAACCUUUUUCAGAACCGUUUGAAGGAACUCAAACUCCUCUCACCUCCCAAAACUAAACUAAAUGAACGAAGGAGAAGCUCAACAGACAGAAUGGCUGCCGCCGGCAUCAGAGGCUCGCUCAUUUGCAAAAACCCAGUGAAAGAGACAGGAAGCAUUUAGUACCACAGAGAGCUGAUGAACGCUGCUCUGUCCUCUGCUACACCUGUUCAGAGUUCCUCCGGGUCUGGAGCGCAGUGUUUUAAGUAACCAAGGCUAAACCAGAGACCCGUCCCUACGCAGGUAAGCAAACGUCGUCCUCUAAUGGACCAAUCAGCAUCAGAGGAAAGUGUCGAUUCUGAGGGUACAAACCCUAGCCAGUGUUUUUGGACAGCUAAACUUGUGUGUUAGCUGAUUAGCGCGACCUGGAGGAGCAGCUCAUUAGUGAAAUCAGCUCCGCUCACCGCAGGGGUGGACAGGAGCCGGGCAGGAUCUGUAAUUUGUGAACCUGGAGUUUCCCACCUCUGCCAAUUAUCCACGCCGAGGUCUACGGAGACGGCGGCGGAGCUCUGUCAUCAACACACUUCCUUUCAAAAGUUGAGAACAAAGAGGAACGGAAAUUAAUCUCCAACUCAAACUCUCAAAAGA